UGCUUCUCCCCCGGACUCCCUCCCCCCGGGCCUGUCCUUGGAAACGCUGUUUGUUUUGGUCGGCGAGUGCCAAACUCCUGCCUUUGCUAACUGUUAAAAACAUGGGGCCGGGGGUGGAGACAGGCAGCGAAACAGAUGGAGGAAGAGGAGGAGCCGCCGGCUCCCCUCGCUGUCGCUCCCCCUGCGGGGGAGGGGAGCGGGCAGGACGUCCCCGGGCUCCCCUCGGGAGCCGCGGUCCCUCGUCCCAUCACCGACCUGUCCGGGCGGAGGUAACUCCCGCGGGCAACGCUCGGGACACUCGGCCACAUCUCACUCUGGCCGGUAGAGUUUUUUAAGCCUUCACGAAGUGUCUCUUCAAAGGGAAGAGCUGUGGAAGUAGAAAGCUAAAGGGGAGAAGUGACGGCUGUAAACUGUGAAAAAUGAGGCGGGAGGAAAUGCAAGUAACUCUUAACAAAGGCUCUUUUCUGCUCUCGUGUCUUGGGUGCUGACAGAGGUGGAGUCAGUGAAAGGGAAACUCGAGACCAAAUGAGAUUCAGUCGGUGCCAGCUUGAAGAUAGUAAGAAUGUGAGCCCAGCAGAAUAAACAAAGUUAAGACCUUCAUAGUGGUAGAACUGGACAGAGCACUCAUAAGUUUCUGUGUCCAUGUGCACUUCGGCUGAACAAAGCAGGGCUGUGGAAAACCUUUCCUUCAAGAUGGUAUCUGAGGAAGAAACCCAACGAAUGGUGAAACCAUCUUCCUCCUUCCUCCCCCCAGGUGUUUCAUAAAACAACUUCUAAAGCAAACCUUCCUGAAUAAAAAGUGUGUUUGUGUCUUCUAAAACUAACCUGAUAUUGCAGUCUUGAUAAGUUCUAAAUGAAGAAUCGAGUUGGGUGAUGCAGUAACCAAUUAGGAGCAAGAUGCCUCUAAGCAUUUUGUAUUCCUUUUCUUUUUACUAAAAAGAAUUUAUUUAUUCAUUGUUAAAUUAGCUAGAAUCUCGGUACAUGUAGAACUUGGGGUUGGUACACGUAGGUACUUUUAGCUUGGUCUCCCAAAGAGUUUAGUCCUUAAAAAACCUUACAGUAUGGUACUGAUUGAAAGAAAGCAAAUGGUGUGAUGAAGCCCACUGUGAAGGUGUCUAACCUGAUAUAAAUAUAAAGGUAGGUAGUCUUUAAUGCAGCAGAAUAAAGCAGGUUGUAAGCUCAGGCUGACCCUUCAAUAGAAUAGGUGGGUUAUUAACAUGUAUAUUAAAACAACAGCCUAAUUAUGUAAUAAUUAAUGAACAAAAAAUAUAACAAGAUGGUGUUGUUUAUCCAAGAUGGUGAAUUACAAAGAGAACUUGCAAGGCUGAAGGGCUUUCUGAAAUAUUUUUAUGUGACCAUUAUGCUAAUUGAAACUUAAAGUUCCAAAUUAACUUGGCCAUUAGUUAUUAAUGAGAACUUCUGUGCUAUCUACAAAAACGUAAGGAAAAUCAGCUCUUCCAGUGUAUGCUAUAAAGCAAAGACUAAGUGACUCAGUUGUCUAUUGUUGUAACUAAUUAGAAAUGCCAUUUUUGGUUUGAACUUACCUUUCAUAUGCUCAAUGACUGUAUUUUUGCCUAAGUGUUUUAGAUGGCCCUGAGGUUCUGCUUGUAUAUUCAUGUAUGUUCAGUUUGAUCUGUUUGUCUCUUAAACUUAGAAUUUAGCAAUAAUGUUCUGAAUCUGCAGAGUACACCCAUUCUUGCUUCCUGCUGUGUUUGAAGCAUUCUACUAGGAGAUGUAUUUAGUGUGGCAAAAGAUUGCAGUGGUUUUUUGUGUAUCACCUUCUGUUGCAGUGUUGAAACUUCUUACUUAAAUUAAUCCGUCUGAAGCACUCCGCUGACAACUCUGCUGUCUGUAUGUGUGCAUAUAUUGUAGGAGUAGGUCUUGAUUCAUCAAAAUGCCAUGGGCCUCUUUGAAAUGCAACUAUUUGUUGCCAAAAGAUCCUUUGCUAGGACUAGUGCUUAAGGACUUAAUGUAGACUUCCAGUUCUACCUUAACUACUUGAUCUUCUUGGAAAUCAAGAUGGGGUGGAAAAUGGCAGUGCUGACUCUUCUUCAUGGCUGAUGUAGUGCUUCUCUCAAAAGCACCUUGCAAAGCUGAAUUUUUAUUAACACUGUCAUACCUAGAGGUCUUGUUUACUGUGUAGAUAAGGUAAAGGGAAUCAGAAUGCCUCUCAAUGAUGACCAGAACAGUGACUCAGAUUCUUCACGCCUCUCAGAAAGCACAGCCUCUUCCAGCGACUCGGAAUAUUCCAGGCAGAGCUUUAACAGUGAUUCUUCAAGCAAACCCAGCUCCCCAGCGUGUAAGCCUAUUUCAGCCUUACCUGCCUUGUGCAUGGACCAAUAAGGCUAACUUACCUUGUUUCUCUUUGCUGUCGUGGGUAGAACCUGGGAUUCUGAAUCUGUUUAAGAGUAUUAUGAGAGAGGCAUGGCUUUCUCUCUGCUGUGAAGCAGUGCAUCUCCUGUGUGUGGAACACCACCAGCAGCUGUAUCCAUGGGCACUCCUUCCCUUCAGAAAGUCAGCAAGCCCUCCCAAGGUUAUCACAUUUGAUGAACUGAUGGCAGCUACAAGAAAUCUGUCAAACUGGACUCUAGCUCAUGAAAUUGCUGUAAAUGCAAAUUUUUGCAUAAAACAUGAAGACUACCCACAAAACAGCUUUGCAGGCACAGUGAAACAAAUUGUACACAAGGCAUUUUGGGAUCAUUUGGAAUCAGAACUGAAUGAAGAUCCUCCAGAAUAUGAACAUGCUAUCAAGCUCUUUGAGGAAAUUAAGGAGAUUCUUCUUUCCUUCCUGACUCCUGGAGCAAACAGGAUUCACAAUCAAAUUUGUGAAGUUCUAGAUACGGAUCUUAUAAGACAGCAGGCAGAACACAAUGCUGUUGAUAUUCCUGGCCUAGCUAACUAUAUCAUCAACACUAUGGGAAAGUUAUGUGCUCCAAUAAGAGACAACGACAUAAAACAGUUAAAAGCAACUGACAAUAUUGUAGAGUUACUGAGACAAAUAUUCCGUGUUUUGGACCUGAUGAAAAUGGAUAUGGCAAAUUACACAAUUAAAAGCCUUAGACCAUACCUCUGGCAUAACUUGGUGGACUACGAAAGAACAAAAUUCCAGGAAAUUCUUGAAGAAACACCAAGUGCCCUGAAUCUCACAACAGAAUGGAUAAAGGAAUCAAUAGAAGAUGAAUUGUCAUCUAUUUCUGAUGGGUCUUCAUCAUCCCCUGGUGCUGAUUGUAGUUCAAAACCAAUUAUUAGUCCUACACUGGUGCUAAACAAUGGCUACUUGAAAUUGUUACAGUGGGAUUAUUGCAAAACAAUUCCGGAGACUCUAAUAACAGAUGAAGUUCGUCUUCAGGAGUUGAGAGAAAAGCUCAAUCAAUUAAAAGUCAUAGCUUGUGUUUCUCUCAUAACAAACAACAUGGUGGGUGCAGCAAUUGUAGAUGUGCCUGAUUUUGCUGACCAGCUGAAAAGGAUCUCCUUUCCUCUUCUUGAAGGCAUGAACAAGAAAAGUUUUGACCUGAAGGAGGCUCUGAAUGCUAUUGGUGUCCAGAUUUGCAGCACAGUGAAUAAGUCUCUAAGUGAAAGAGGUCUUCCCACUCUUAGUGAAGAAAUGCAGAGUAAUUUAAUGGGUCAAAUUGCUCAUAUUGUUGAGAAGAAUAAUCCUGUCUGUUCCUUGAUUGACAAACGAAUCCAGCUCUUCAUGAGAAGCUUGCUUGCUCUUCCGAGUUUUCAGAAGUGUAUGCCUACGAUGCCAGGAGGCCUUUCUGUGAUUCAGACAGAGAUGGAGUUCCUGGGAUCUCAGUAUGCAAGCAUUGUAAACUUCAAUAAAAAGGUGUAUGGACCAUUCUAUGCAAACAUACUUAGAAAACUGCUUUUUCCUGAGGCAGCAAUGGAGAAAACAGAAGCAGAAACACCUAGCAAUUAAAACGUGGACCCUUUUUUUUAAUCUUCCAAGACAGUGGAGAAGUCACAUCUCUAAGAACAGCCUACUCUAGUGACUGUUGAUGGGAAAAAGUCUUGUAAAAUGUAUACAGAUAGUUUCUGAAAUUCACUGUAAAGAAAGUCAAGGUCAUAUAUAUAUAUAUAUAUUUUAAUAGAAAAAUAUUUGUUUAAUGGAUUGCCACUUGUAAUAGCCAGUGAAUUAUUAAUUUCCAUAGCAAGCAUUUAUUAUGACUCACUGUGGGAAAGAGCUGGCAAUGUACUUACUGUUUUGCCACCAUCAAAACAAUGUUUCAGCUGAAAUACAUUUACAUACAAUGCAUAUUAGGAAAUGAUGAAACAACUGUAAAUAAAAUGUACUAUGCUUACAGUGUAUUUUUGUAGAGUAACAUCUCAGAUGACAAUUAUGUUUUUGACAAUACUUUGAAGAAGAAAGUUACGGCAUAACUGAUUUAGUAACCAAACCCAGGUUCAUACUAGGCCAAGUUCAGGUACUGCUGCAGUUACUGGACCCAGAACUUUGCCUCUGUUACAUUAAGGAAUGCCAGUGUUACAAGCUGUUUGAAGGAUAGCAGUUACAGAAGCGGCAUUCACUGCUUACAAGCAAGAAUCAUUCAGAACUUCUCAACUCUUAAUUAAGAUUAAUGAUAAACACCUAAGAAACAUGAUUUGGGGGGGGUAAAUUUCUGUAUAUAGUCUUUAUAAGCAUUUUGUUUAUUCAGUGGAGGUCAUACAGAUGUUUAAUACAUGUAUGUACUGAUCUUUGAUCUUAAUGAAUGGGUAUUAAGUAUUUUUAAGUUAGGUCCUCCUAACCUUUAUUCCCAAAACCACUUAAGACUGACCUUACAGUGCACCACAGAAGAACUACCCCUUUCAUGCCCUUAUCCAACAGAAUGUAAGUUUUUCACAAGAUAUUCUUAGGCUUGAAAGCAAGAACCCAAGUAAUUAGUAAUUUUAAAAAAUAUUAUUAGAUUCACUUCUUUAUGGGGUGUGUGAGAAAUGCUCUGAUUUUCCUCAAAUUUCUUUGGACUGGGCUGCAAUACUUAGUUCCCAUUUAAGGCAUUGGGAGUCCUGCAUACAGAAAAUGAAAUGGACUGAAAUUGAGAAAUGUGGAAGUGAACUUGUUUAAAUUUACACAGGCUUUAUUUUGCAUAUUUCAGAUUACUGGGAUUAGGUAGUGCUGGAAUACAUAUUAUGGACAUGUUCUUGUCUAUAAAAUUGAAUAAUUUUACUUGAAAAUUAUAUUUUAAUAUAUUACCAUAUAAUACUCCUUCUAAGAUGUCAUAUAUGGAAGACCUCAGUGUGGUACAAGUUAGAGUUUGUUUUUAAUAUUUUAUAUUAUAAUCUAUUUUUUAUGAAGAGACAAAACCUGUAAAAGUGUAAUGUCUCACACUAAUUGUUUAUGCAUAUUGUGUCUAUUAUAAAGGUCUGAAAAAACCUGGGCAUUUAUUAGCACUGUGGUUUUGUAGUCCAUUUCUACAGGAAUGUAUACUCUUUAUAGCAAAGGAAAUUACUUCUAUUCAGUUGCUCUUCAGUGUCCAAGGACUUUGGUCACAUGUACAUUUAGGGUACAUGUAUGUGUUACUUUGGUUCAUGUACAUGUUACUUUAUUCAAAAUGCCUUUUUAGGGUAAUUCUCUAGUGCACUUCUGUUCUAUCCCUUGUAAAAACAUUGCACAAAAAAAAGAUGAACACAUAUUUUAAAGGGAACUGUUUUCUGGAAAACCUGAGAGAAAGGAACUCUUAGACUAUAACUGUGCCACUAGGUAAGCCAGGCUUGCUCAGAUGAAUACAAAAUUUUGGUAGGCAAUUCAAAAUCAUUAAGAGAAUGCAUUUCAGAAGCAGCUAGGGGGAAUGAAUCUUAGUGAUUUGCUACAACUUUAGAAAUACCUACAUGAUUUUGAGCUUCAGCCAAAAGAGGAUUUUAUGAACAUGUGAAGGUGAUUGCUAAUAUGAUUAUGAACUUUUUAUUUUAAUAUUUUGUAUGCAUUCUAUUUUACAAACAAGUAUCAAACUAUAGCUCUUUAAUGAACUGGGGAAACUGUCAUACUAGUUUUUACCAGUAAGUACUCAAAAGAUAGCAUUUAUUGGGGGGUUUGGUAAUUAAGGUGACUUGUAAAGGGCAUUUUAUAGCAUGGCCUGUGUUUCCAGUGAUUGUUUAAUGUGUUUUAAUUUAAUGUUUCAAACAUGGACAUUGCAUCUGGUUAAUGUCAUGUGUUGCAUGCUGUUUAUGCUACUGUGGCUGCAAAGAACUUGCCUCUACUCUAAAGUUGUCCUUGUGAAACAAGAUGCCAUUCUGUAGUAGCUUUGUUUAAAAAACAAGUAUUUCAGGGUUUGUAUGCAUUAAAUUUUGUUUGUGAUACCAUCAGUUGUGAAAAGUCAUUUAUACAAACGUUAUUAAAUGCAACAGAUUGUUAAAUG